AUGAACUCCGAUAUUGCAGAUACCUAUUUUUCUGAAUUUCAAUUUGAACAAAAUUUUGAAGUAAAAUCGCUAAAUAAGAUCUCUCAUGGUUCAAAAAAUGUUCAAUACCCAAUCCUGAAUGAAUUUGGCAUCAAUAAAGUCCUAAGUUUCAAGGUAGUCGAUUGGCACGACAAGUUUGAUCUGUUGCUAGGGACAGAUGAUCUUCAGAAAUUAGGUGCAAAAAUUGACUAUACCAAUCAAACUGUUCAGUUAAAAAAUCGACGUAUUCCAUUGGUUAUCGAAAGGACUACACCAAUCAAACUGACUCGCCUUGAAUAUGUCAGUCAUAUUAAUAUACCAGUCAAAAUUGAGAAUGGUCCCGUCGUUGUUCCGGAAUUUGAAAUAAAUGGAAUCAUAUUUCCUGAUUGCAUAGCUACGGCUCGCGAUUUCCACGUCACCAUACCUAUUCCUGUAGAACACUCUACCCCGGAAGAGAUAUGUUGCAUAGAGCCCAUGGAUGUAGAUCCUUUGCUUGAAUACAACAUUAAAAAACCUGAUAUCCAAGAAAAUGAUUUCAAUAUAACUCAAUUAAUACGUACCGAUCAUCUCUCACCGGAUGAAAAGCAAAAGAUCCUCGAACUUUGCCAAAAAUAUAAAACAAUAUUUCACUUCGAGGGUACAGACUUGACCUGUACUCAUCACGUUAAGCACAAGAUUUGA